UCCUGAGGAAUAAUCUGCCUGUUAGCAGCAGAUAGAUUCUCAUUGUUUGCCACUUCCACUUUCCAGUAAUGAGAACGAUUACUUGACCAAUAUCUAGCCAGUUUCUGCCGAAGUUGUGGAAAAACCUACAGUUUUUCAUAGCAAAGUUUUUUGAAUCAAAACUUCUGUGGAGCUUUAGGACUGUGAGGCAUAACUAACCAGAGCUGAUGAUCACUUUAUUCUAUAACUAGGUGACCGCUUUCCAACGACAAGAUGUAUUUCGCUGUGCUGGUGAUUCUCUUACACUGUCCAAGUCUAAAAGCUCAAGACGAUGUUAUUACCAUCAACAAAGUUGAACUCACUGUGCCAUCCCAGAAAGUGAAGAAUGGAAUGUCAAUUGAACUCACCUGUAUUGUGGAUGUUAGUAAGAGUGCCAGCUUCCAGAUGCAGCACACUUUUUUAUUUUACAAGGAUGACAGUCUUCUGCAUAAUACCACGUCGGAGCAAAAUAGAACACGUUACAAAAUAUCACCAGCUCGAUUUGCAGAUUCGGGAAUCUAUAAGUGCAUUGUGGAGGCAAACAGGAAAACUAAAAGCAGCAAUGAUUUGGAGGUUCGAGUUGAGGGGCUGUGCCAGCCAAAACUGACUGCCCUGAAAGGAGAAGUAACAGAGGGUGAAGUUGUGACUUUACGGUGUGAAAUACCAGAAGAAAAGCCUCCCUUCAUUUUCUUGUUCAUUAAAAUAUCAUCCAAUCAACAGUCACAAGAAAAAAGGAAGCAAGAAUUAAAAGCAAACUUUGCAUCUGUUGAAUUUCCUGUUGAAGAGAGGGAUCGAAUAUUGCGUUUUCAGUGUAUUGCCCAGGUUAAUUCAGUAGUCGGUUCUGAAACGUCAGAGCCCAGUAGCAUGACAAUUGUUACAGUUGUGGAACCGUUUUCACAUCCUAAACUGACAUCCAAGUCCCCAUGGAAUAUUACAGAAGGAGACAGAAUUGACAUUGUGUGCACAACGAUUCUAGCCCGUCCAUAUGAAAUUGAAAUCCUCAUCCAGAAAGACAGAAGGAUACUGAACAGUACACAAGGUCAGAAUUCUGUGACCUACUCUGCAACAGCCACAGUGGAGCACAAUGGCAAUUACACAUGCAAAGUAGAACUGGGGAGAGUGUCCAAAACCACCAGCAUGAACAUUGUUGUGGCAGAGUUGUUUGCCAAGCCAAUAUUGACUCCCUCUUUGACUGACCUGGAUGAAAAUAAGAGCUUAAGCCUGUGGUGCCAUAUUAAUGGCUCCCCUAAAGCAAACUUCUCUAUUGUAAAGAGACCUCCGGAGAAUGGCAUCUUGUUGAAAACUUCCAGCAACUUCACUAUUCAAGCCCAGGUGAAUGACACCGGGUCCUAUGUUUGUAGGGCUGAGAUAAAAGGAAUCAUCAAGGAGAGUAACCCCGUACAGAUAACUGUUUAUGCUCCAGUCUCGGAGCCAGUUCUUUCUGUUGUCAACUCAUCCACGGAGAUGGUGUUAGGGGAGACCCUAUUACUUCGCUGUCAAUCCAUGUUUGGAACUCCGCCUAUAAACUAUACGCUCUUCAGAGGAAACAGACUUAUUGACACCAUCACAGUAUAUAAUAAUACAUAUGCUGAAUUCAGGGACAGACAAACUAAAUUAAAUAGUCUGAGAGAAUACAGAUGCGAAGCUAGCAACCGUCACUCCUAUGCGAACAAAAGUAGCUACAAGAUGAACAUCACGGUGAUAGCUCCCGUUAGGAACAUAAGCUUUGGAAGUUUACCCCAUGGGGAAGUGGAAGAUGGUGGAGAUAUCAACUUUCUUUGCGUUGUAAGCGAAGGAUCUUUGCCAAUCAACUUCACAAUUUUCAAACAAAAUGAGCAGACACCUUUAUUUUAUGAAAGCAUAAUGGAAACCAGAGUCCUCUGGCAAAAGAAAUCAUUGACCAAGCAGGACGCAGGGAAAUAUUUUUGCGAAGCUUCCAACCGAGCCAUGGUAACUGAGCGAAGCAACUUGCUAACCGUUAAAGUCAUCCUCGCUUCAUGGCAGAAAGGGUUUAUCGCAUUAUUUGUCUUGGUUGUAAUUGCCAUAGCAGCUUUUGGUUUCUGGUGGUGCUGGCGUAAGAAGGAAAAGGGUAAACAUCCUUCCAUGGAGAUGUCUGGAUCCACAGCAGUCACUAAUUCGACUAGUGAGAAACUGCCAUCUGGACCAAACCAUUAUACAGAAUUCUAUACUGGAUCAGGUUACAUUGAAGAUCGUGAAAAUCCUGUAAAACCAACAGAUGAAAAUAGAGGACCUGACCAUGAGAGUGCUGAGGUGGAAUAUACUGAAGUUGAAGUGUCAACGCCUCAUCCUUACAAAGCUCCUGUAAAGAAGGGGACUGAUACAGUAUAUAGUGAAAUCAGAAAAGCUAAUAAUGAUUCUGGGGAAAACAGACACUCUGUGUAGAGCAAGGUGAUUUCCUGACUGUGACUAUUGGCUUGAGCAGAAGCUUGCAUUCAACUCUGUGCUCCUGACCUGUGCUAUGUAGCACCUUCAUCCAGGAUAUUAGAAGACGGGCUGACUGGCAGGAUUGUUGGUGGAGACUGUGACAUUCUAAACAAAUAUUAAUGGAAAGCAAAUGCUGACGUUAUUACCAUCAUCCAAUCAAGGAACUGGAGCAACGCCAUGUGAUGUAAGAGCCCAGCCAAACUAAACAUCACAGCUCAAAUUCCAUGGACAAUCUACCAGUCAAGAAAUGAUACAGUGAAUAGCUUUGAACACCAAACUAAUCACAGGAAAAGUCAAUUUGUGGAGAGAACGAGUGGCUAAAUGCCUCAAAUGAACAAUCACUUGGUUCUGCUGAAAUGCCAAAGACAAAGAACAAGCACUCCAGAAAUAACUAUAUUAACAUUAUUUAUCAAAUACUUUCCGUCUAUGCCCCCGGAGUGCUGUUCAGUAAUAUCAUGGUUAUUAAUUAUUAAUAUUAGUGCUGUUGUGUUAGCACUCAAAAUGGGCUGGGCACUGGGUAAACACACAGGAAGAGACGGUCCCUGCCCUGAUAUAUUUAUAAUCUUAUUUUUAAAAAAUAAUUGAGAAGUGCACAAUGGAAACCAUACCAUGAUAAGACUAUAGUCAUAAGAGAAAGAGAGAAGGGUCCUAUCCAGAGGCUAAACUCUGAGGUCUUUUGUUCAGUCCUUACUCCAGCAAAAAUCCCAUUAUAGUCCUCUAGGAUUUGAGUUUUCAAAGGUAACUCUUGAAAAAGAAAAGGCGGGAGGAAGUGGCACAUGUUGAGGGAGACUGCAGAGGCCCAGCUGCCUCCUGGUCUUAGACAAGAUGGUUGGAUCCCUAAAAGGCAGCUGGUAGAGCACAGAUACCUGUUGGAUGGAGGUGGUCUCAGUGGUAGGCAGGGCCAGCCCCAGGCUCAGAGUUCCUUGGUUCCCUGAGCAGAAGCCUGCAGAAGAGGAAUGUGCAUGUAUGUAUAAGAUCCCUCCCACAAACCAGGGUGGGACGUGGGAGUGUAUUUUUCCUGCCACUUAUUUUAUGACUCUGGAGCAUUUGCUUAAAAAAAAUACCUGUAGCAAAUAAGAGAUUUGUAAAUAACAAUCACAGUAGCACUCUCUACAACAGCUAACAAUACACAUUCAGGCCUGGUCUACACUACAGAGUUAGGUCAUCAUAAGCUGCCUUACAUCAACCUAACUCUGUAAGCGUCUACACUGAAAUGUAGCUCCCACUGAUGUAACUUACCUGCUACAUCGACUUAAUAGCGCCACCUCCGGGAGAGGCAUAGCUCUUAAGUCAAUAUAGUUAGGUUGAUGCAGUAUUAGUGCAGACACUGCAUUGCUUACAUUGACUGUUUGUUGCCUUUCAGAAGCUGUUCCACCAUGCCCCACACUGACAGUUAACUCUGUGCAAGUGCUUCUGGUGAGGAUAUGCACUGCUGACAUAAGGAGUGUAGGCCAGACAUGGAAAAGCGAUUUAAUUACUGCGGUGGCUGUAUGUCACUAUAACUUAAAUUGACUUAAUUUUGUAGUAUAGUCUUGCUCUCAGGCUCUGAAGGCACGGCCUUCCACCCUCCAUCAGCAUUCAAGUCCACAUGGGCUACAAAAGAAAAUUUCUGUAUUGUUUACAGUCCAUUGGCAGAGCAUUGAAGGUCACAGAGUGUGUUGCAAUAAACAGGCAGAUUUUAAUAGGCAAAUGGGGUUUAUUUUUCAUUGUCAUUUAAAGGUUUGGGGUUUUACUUUGCUCUCUGUCUUCUAAAAAUAAAUCAAGCCUAGUUCUCCCAGUUGCAAAGAUGCAACCUCAUGGCAUCACAGAGGAGAAUAUUUUUUUCUUUAAAUCUGUGCCUGGGAUAAGGGCUUAGUAUACAUAGGAGAAGGUGGAGAGAAGCGACUGCAGCAAACAGCUGGUGUGAACCUGAAUGGGAGGCAUUGUCCUUUCUCAGUGCUCUGGAUUGCCUGUUGGAGCCAAGCCUACAUAUCUUCUGCACCCAUUGACUUCAGUGAGAGGUUCUGGGCAUGCAGCGUUGGGGCCUUGGUUUGCACCCUUAUCCAUAACUGCUACAUAAAGCAGAGUUCCACAUACACUCUAGCUGCUAACGUGAAUUGAGCCCUUGCUGUAUAGAACUUACACAGGUAUUUCCCAAUGCUUGUAAGGUAUAGAGUAAGUGUGAGCCCGGGGACAAUCAGUCCUCCUGGGUUCUGUGGCCAGCUCUGUCAUUGACUUGUCUGGCCUUGACCCAAUCACUCAUCACUAUUUGACAGUUGGGCAAAAGGAAUUUAGUAUCUCCCUCAGGAGAGUGCUGAGUGGCUUCAUUAAUUCAUGUUUGCAAAGCACUCUGAGAUCGUGGAUGAAAUGUGCCAUUAUUAUGGUAAUUGAUAAUUUUGAUAAUUUUUUCUAUUACCAAAAUUGAGUCUAGAAGCCAUUACCUGGAGCCAUAUUGAGGCUGCUUGGUUCUUGAAUGGGAUGCAAUGAAAAUACGUCAGCACGCUAUGUAAAUAAUUUUGGCUUUAUUAAUUGGGCCCUGACAUUUUACCAUCUCCUGGCAAGCUGUAGGAGAGGAGUUGGAUUUAGGGCUGCAUUUUCCUUGCUUGCACAAAUUCCUGUUCGCAGCUGGAAAGGAGUAAUAAGAUUCCCUGUAAAAUUCAACAGACUGCCACAAACAUUUUUAGUUUCUCAUCAAUAUACAAAAGAAAACCCUGCUUUGGAACAAGCUGUGCAUGUUACCUGAGUUUUCACAUUGACAGCACACAGAUGUGUAGGAUCAGGAUGUGCAUGUGCCACUAAACUUAACCCCGGAGGGUGAGCACGAUACUUCCCAGGAAAUGGCACUUGCGUAAUACACAGGCAUCCCCUAGAAACUCUGACAUAACGUUAUCGGACAGAAAACACCCUGCUAGGCAUCCCUAUUGCAGUUAAAUACUGUAACUUCUCCUGAUUAAAUAGCUAUUUGAAUCACCAAGGCUUGUGCCGACAGGGCCCAGUUCUGCUUGCAGGGCCAUCUCUGAAUAAAAAGCAGCAUCAGGCCUUAGUUCUCUUGCCUGCUGAGCAGGAGCAAUCCAAAGUGUUUCUUUCUCUUCUCCACAUAAAUGAGCCACAGUGGGGAUCAGAAAGUGAAUUUCCUCGUGGUUUUUUUUUCUUCUUCUUCUCAACAUUGCUCAGGCAACGUAAAAGUGCAGAGAGAAAAGAGACAGAGAGACUCUGACCGUGCCUUCUCUCCUCAUUUUGUUGAAGCACUUUACUUUUGUAGCUUAUUUUCCUGCAGCACUAUGCUCUGCAAUGCCUCACAAGUACAGUUCGACUGAGGGGAGUUGCUGACGCUGCCUAUCAAAGCGAAAAGAGUCCUAAUAACCUGAUCAAGUGGCUUAACCUUCCUCUACAGGCAGUUUUCUACUUUAGAGGUCUGGAGAAGAGCUUGGGGGAGGUGGAAGACAUCUCUGCAGGGGAGACUGGCCCUGCUGCUGCUCUUGCUGCCCCUGAUCUGCGGGUUGAGGCCUUUGGUCUCCAGGCCUGACACUGUGGCAUCCUAAUCAAGGGGAACAUGUUCAGGAAAGAAAGUAAUGCCCAGGUAGCAGGUUUCCUGGCUAUCGCUACAUGACAGAGUCUCGGUCUUGAAGACUCAUGAUUUGACAUUGUCAUGGGAGAUAACAUGACACAGUGGGGAUUUUUGUGACAAUACGCCAUACAAGUGUACUGGGGGGACAGAAGGGAGUAAGGACUGUGGGACUGAACCCCUAUUUGGAGCCUGGGUUUCAGAGGUGGGAGCAUAUGCCUUCCUUUUGACUUCAGCGACAGUUGUGGGUGCUUGAAAUCUGAUCCUUAGUGUCUGCUUCUUACUUCAAAUUCAAGUAACGCUGUCCCACUCACUUCUAAUAAACCUAUUAAAUGAUGAUGUUCUGAGUUAAUGGUGAGGAAGUCAUAAGGCAAAGCCAAGAAUUGCUGCAUUGAAGAAAACAAUGAAGAAAACACCUUAUAAUGAGCUCUCCCACCUCCAUUACUCCAACCCCAGCCCAUAAGAAGCUGUGUCACUCUCAGACUAAGUGUAAUCCAGCUGAAAACAAUGAAGAACUUUGCUCCCUCCGUGCCGUGUGAGGCCAUGAUAAAAGCAAGCCCAGUGCUUUAAUAAAUGCCACACAUUGACGACAAAGAGUUACAUUACACAGAUUCACAGUAAGGGUUUGAUCCCAUUUAAGUCAAUGUGGGUGAUAUGUUAGACAAAUCCAGUCAAAGUCUGAAUUAUGUAAAUGGGUUAAAAUCAAAUUGCAGUCCAAGUUCUGAUUAGAGAGGGGCAGAGACCAAAGUAACCUGGGCCUGAACACGUUGGACUUGAAGGAUAUUCAGAACUAGAUCCAAACUUUGGGCUUGUGGCCUCUUCUCUUUUUCUUGUCUGCUGCAGGAUUCUAGAUCUUAAGUUCCAUCCAUAGGAAGUGUUUGCAGAAGAAACGGGUGUCUCUGAAUUAUUUUUUACCUAACAUCAGCUUGGAAGUGUCUGAAGUAAAUUAAUUGAAUUACUCAGAGGGGAACUGGGAGGAGGUUUCCUUCCUGGAAUCAGAGCUGGCAAUCUUUCUAAGUUAUUUAAUGGUCUUAGUUUCUGAAAACAUAUUGAAGGAAAUAUCUUAACAAUGAGAUAGCCACUUCGCCAAAUACUAAUUUGGUAUUGUGUUGGAUUUGCUGCAGCCAUACAUUCUGACUUCAUAUUCUCCCCUGUCAUUUUCACUUGUUUGUUUGUUUUAUUUUGUCCUGGUGGUGAACGUGGACAGAUUAGCGUCACUUAGGACACAUUGUACUUUCAGGUGUACAUUUAUAUUAAUACAAAAUGUACCAUCCUGGAGACAAAAGUCGCCAAUUCUCCACCCACUUGCAGAACUGAAAAUCUAGCCGCUUAUUCAUUAGUCAGUGCCCAAAUAUAGAUUUAGGUGUUUAACUGUAGGCAAGCAGUUUGAAAACGUUAGCCUAAAUAUCACUGUGUCUUAGUUUCCAGUCCGUACCAUGGAGAUGUUGAAUGACUUUAGAGAGGAGACACGAUGAUUGUUUAGCUGAUUGUGCAGCUCUUGGAAGAGUAGUUGUUAUAUUUCAUCUCUUUAUGCAAUUUCAUUGAUCCAAGAGUUUUUUUUUAAAUUUAUGCUUAUUAGCUUUUUUUCCCCUCCUCAUUG